CGCGGGGCUGCCUCUGCGGGCGGCAACUCUACAUCAGCGUCUCCUUCCUGCAGCAGCAGCAGCAGCAGCAGCAGCAGCAACAGCGGGGGAGGGCAGCAGACAGAAUUUUAUGCUUUAGCUGAAGCACCUGAUUUGUGUCUCCCUCUAGUAAAGGGUGUCUCUAGAGACAAGAAGAGUAAGCGAUGGGCUGUAUAUUAUAAAGGACAGAGACAUUACUUUUAUGAUAAGAAUUGCGGAGGCUGUAAGGAGGCAUACACUCUUGCUGUACAUCUGAGGAGACAGCAAGUUGAAGAGGUAGAGAUUAUUCAGGUGUAUGAAGAGCAGCUGCAGCAAAUGCAGCAGGGGGCCCCAGGACACUGUAUCCGCAAGCAGCAGCUUCCUUCUCAGCUGCAGCAGCAAGAUCUUCUAGAUUUGCUGCGGCAGCUGCUGCUGCUGCAGCUUACUUCGGUUAAAGAUUUGCUGCUGCAGACGGGUCUAUGGAAGGCUAUCAUCUCCCAGCCCCCAGCAGAUCAGCAGCAGGAACUGCAGCAGCAGCAGCAGCAACAACAACAGCAGCAGGAGCAGCAGGAACUGCAGCACGACGCACUCACCAGCGCCAAAGCAGAUAUACCUGCUGCUGCUGCAGCAGAUACCGUUGCUGCUGCUGCAUCCGCCUUUGCUGCGGCUGCAGAUAAAGAGAUUGCAACUGAAGCAGCAGAGGAGACAGGGAUGUGUAUGGACAGCUGA